AUGAAAGAUUUGACGGUCAUAGUGCUGAUUUUUGGUUCAAGCCUGUCUUCGCUAGUCAUGUCUCGAAAAACUGUAUACACAAAUCAGCUGACAAAUGACAAACUUGUAGACAGCCUCGAAGAAGAAGUCGAUGAUUUUCCUGAUGGAGCAGUCUUUGAGGAAUCCUCUGGAGGUUAGAUGCUAAAAUUUGCUAUGUGACGUAACUUUGUUUGAGAUUUAAAUCUGUCAAAGAUUAAGAGUUUCAUUAUGCAGGACACGUCUGAGAGCCUUCAUAAAUAAAUAUAUAUUUGAAUGCUACUGCACGAAAUAUACUCUCCAUUGUUAAUAACAAUUGCAAUCCACAGCCACAUCAGCUGAUUAGAAAAAUCGAUUAGUAGUGAGCUAUUUAUGUUGUAAUUUUGUGAAAGAGUCUUUUAACUGAUUUUCAAAUAUGGGUGCAUACUCAGCCAUGAAUUUUUUUUAAAAUGAAUUCAGUUCGAAUACUACAUAAGUAAAAAAAUAACAUCGCAUGUGAUUUUAUUCUUUCGGUACAAGCGGUUUAUAUGUCCCUUCUUGAAUGAAAAAUACUACAUGAAAAAAGUGAAACUAUAAGUUCGCAAUAUUAUGACAUAUUAGACUUAAACUCCAAAUGUUAAUGAUGGCAGUUGAUAAUGUCCCCAUGGUCUUGCAUUGUUGAGCAUUCUUUAGACAGGCAUUUAAGCUUUAGAGUUACGUUGACGGCAAACGGAAAACGUCAGAGUCAAGUUGAGAAUUUCUCAAAAUAGAAAAUAAGUAGGUAAAAACACUUCAAAACAAUUUUUCUUGAUAAUCCUGGCUUGAAAUUACUAAUUUUUGUGUGAAUAAAUUAGUAAGUAACAGAACACGGCAAUCUACGUUUGCCGUAAGCGUGAUUCUAAAUCUUUCUUUUGUUUUGUUGGAGUCCGGAAUACAACUCAAGGAUUCCGGAAUUUAAGUUCCACUGUCAAAGAAUCCAAAAUGUAGUAUCUAAAAUAAUGGAAUCCAGGAUCCAAGACUGUGUUGGAGUCCCUUCUGCAUGUUGGCGACGUCGGCUUUCUUUUUAUAGAUUGAAACUUGGUGUGACAGCAAUAGAUUUCUUUUUAUUUUGCAGUCAGUCCAUGUACCAGCGUUCCGUGUAAGAACGGAGGGAGCUGUCUCGUAGCUGUAGGCGAUAGCUUCUCAUGCAAAUGUGCAGCAGGCUUUAAAGGAGAUACUUGCGAGGAAGGUCAGUAAAAAAAUACUGGGUGGAGCUUACUCGGGUUUAAUCGUUCGAGUGAUCCAAUUUUUACACGAUUACAGACAGGCCCGGACGACUCGAGUUUUCUGUGAUACUAAAAUGUGAGUUACCAAUUAUGAGAAUUUGAACUUUUGUUUUACAUGAACAGAGGAUCUCUUGAGAGAGUAUUAUAUACUAACGUAAAACGGAAUCCCGUCAAGUACAACUGUACAAUUACUGUGCGCGCGAUGACGUGUUCUGUCCAAUAGGCCACUUCCGAGUUCCAAAAACCCUCACUCUCAAAAUGAGGCUAAGUGCACAACCUUUCUUACGAAAAUGAGUUUUACAGCUGCAUGAGAAUGAAAAAUGAUUUCCAUAUCUCCUGAAAGGCUGAGCACCUACCGUCGUUUUGAAACAGAGGCCCUGGGGAACUCGGAAAUGGCCUAUUACGUCCUGUACGCGAGUGUGACUAAUGGUCGCGGGUCGCGGGUUGUAUGUCGCAGGUGGAAAAAAAGAUUUUGUGUGAAAUUUACGUUAGAGUUCGAGGUAAAUGACUAAAAAUGACUCGUACGCAAUCAGGGCUGUUGAUAGCCAAUCGGGUUAGGGUUACAGAUAUUUUUUAUAGGUAUGAUUAGACAAGAACUCACCAUGUAUGCGAACUUAAAUGAAGCACCUUAAGUAGUAGCGUCUUAUUCAUAGCACUAAGACAUUUUGUACUUCACUCAUAUUGUUUGUGUUCAGUUUGACAUUGUCAAUUAAUUCAACCAGCAAAUGCAGACCGUUAAAGUACGCUGCGUUGCAAACGAGGUUAUUUUUUGUCAUCUCGCAACAAACAUAAACAAAAUUUCUCAAUGCACCUAGAGCUAAUAUCACAGGUUUCUUUUCAUCAUCAAAGCAUGAUAUCGCGCCCGGGGUUGGAAGUACUCAACAAAGUCAUGUAUCGGGAGGCUCCGCCCUGAGGUCCAACCCCUUACCCUUUUAUACACCAUUUUUGACAGCAAAGACUGGUUCCCCUUUCGCAUACGUUUACUGAAAAACGGUACCCCUUUCACAUACCUACAAUGUUUAUUACAACUUUUCAUUCCUUUUAACUGCUGUAAAUGCACUGCUUUAAAAUAAGAAUACAUCACAAAAUCAGGACAAGUUUUCUCGACUUUUCAUAUCCAUUAAAUGCAUCUCUUUGCCUUGUGUUGGGCCUCGUACAGAUCGAAAUAAUAGAUUGCAUUGAAGAGUGAAACUUUGAAGACAGUAAAUAAGAAUUUUGUAAGAUGGGAACCAACAGGGAGUAUGAAUUGGAUAAUAAAACAAAGAAAAUAGCACUUAGGUUCGGGUUUAGAAACUUUUAGAAAGCGCGCUCUAUUUAGGAAUAAGCCUUAGGAUAUAAGAUAUUUGUAGCAAAAAAGUAUAUAAAAGUACAACACAUAGUGGCUGUAAUUAAGGCUAAAAAUAUGGACCGCGGUUCUUGUGCAAAUCGUUUCGCAUUGCAUUGUGCGUUUAAGCUGAGGCUUAGUUCACACUUUUAGUAAGGUAGGAAAAAUUAUAAGGGCGCCAAAAAGUUGAAACGCCGUCCUACUCUCACCAAGGCUGAAGUGUUGCCUUUAACGCAGGGUAUUGGCACAACAUAACUCUGUUGCCUCAAAGAGUUGCAGAACAACAUUGGACCAUAGACAAAUCGAUAAUUUUGAAAAUAUACCUACCCAGAUAUCGACGAAUGUGCUGUGCAGAAUGGUGGAUGCUCUCACGACUGUGAAAACACACCUGGCAGUUACGAGUGUACAUGCCCAGAUGCAGAGCUCUCAUUGGCUGCGGACAAUCACACUUGUGAAGGUAAAGCGACGCAGUUAAGAUCCGCGUCAACUCGCGCAUGAGUGAAGGGCUAUAAUAUGCCAAUUCGGAGUUUCAUAAAAGCCUUCUUCUUUAAGACGAGGCCGUAGGAAGUUUUUGGUUUUAAAAUGUUUUUGGUUUUCGCAUGCACUUAAAACUGAAUUUCUAAAAUAUUAAUGCGUUCCUACACUUGGCCUAAUUUAAGGGGGAAAGAGACUUUAGGAUUCGACUUUGGAAGGAACAUGAUGCAAAUAUACCCUGAGUACAAUACUAAGUAUUAAAGAUCCAAGAAGGUCAUACUUAUGUAAUGUUUUUUCGGUAACAGCCUUCGUAGCUUCCGAUUUUAAAGAUCGUCAUAACGGAGCUUGCCGAUUAACAAUUUUCCUUAUUUUUCUCCUUUUUCUUAUAUCUCUAUUUAUCUCGAGGGAGCUCUCAAUAUAAACUGUAGUGCCAUUGUUUUCAUCAUUUUUCCAGCUUUCACCACCAGUAAAGUCUUUUUACUCUACUAAUAUAUGGUUUGUUGUUGUUGUUGUUGUUGUUGUUUACAGCAAAGGGAGUCAUUGUCAACUGCCUUCAAAACAAAAUGUCCAUCACCAUCCCUAAAACCAUUCUCAAAGGAAUGGACCGAGAGCAUAUUCGACUCCUGGACCCAAAAUGCGGUGCAACUGAAACUUCCUCACACUUCAUUUUAAGAACACCGCUGACCGGAUGCGGUACCACUCGCAGACACACGAAGUCUGCCGUUGUAUACAGCAACAAAGUGUUGGAGAUUCCGCUGAAGAGCUCAGACAUCGUAACACGCAUUCGAGAGAUUGAGAUUCCUUUCAGUUGUUAUUAUUCCAAUUCAAGAACAGCCACCGCUGUUGGAAUGAGGCCGGAAAAUCGAAAGCUGGUUUUCUCGGAAAUAGGAAAAGGGAACUUCACGGUUGUACUGGAACUGUACCAUAGCAAUAGGUGUGCAAUUGAUUUUGCAUUUUAAAAAUGCUCCGUAGGAGAUAAGCCAUGCCAUAUCUCGAUAGUUACAAAGGCAAAAGAAAAGUAAAAUCAGCUGCUAAAAUGACUGCAAUUUAGAGUUUUGCAUGCUGAAAUUCAUUGCACACACGCACACACCCACCCACCCACACACACUAUAGAUUUACUAAUUCUUAAAAUCAGGGCUCAGAAAAUUCCAUAAAAACAAAAUAAUUCUAAUUACAGUAAUAAGUUCCAGUUUUUUUGUUGUUUCCUGUGAUUCACUGGUUGCAUUGAAAAAGGCCACAACAGUCGUUUCGACUGUUCAUAAUUCCAGCCUUUACUCUUCAAUUAAAUCAUAUAUGAUCUGGAUUUUAUGUUUACGCAUUGCAAAUAGUCUCUGAACGUUAAUGAUCGAGUCCGAAGUCUCUUGAGAAUGGCUUAGUGUUAGAGUUUAUUUAAUGGCAUCGAAUUCUACAAGCAGCCUAUCAAAACUUUGCAACCACCCAUGAAAAUUCUCUUAGUAAGGUAUAUGUUAACAUUUAUUCUCAUUUUUCAAAGCAAUGAAAACUAUUCUUUUGUUACCUCUGUCAUGUACCUAAAUGUUCAGACUGUAACUCUGUGUUACACGUUUGUGUGUGUGUUUGUUUUAUAGAUAUCUCACAGCGUAUACUCAAGAAGACUUCCCUCUUCAAUUAAAGCUCCGACAAAAUGUGAAUUUGGAAGCGAAAGUUGAAAGCAAAGACAAACGACUUUCAGUGUUGCCCGACACGUGCUACGCUACACCAACACCCAGCCAAAAUGACGCAAAGAGAGUUUUAAUAUUGAAAAACGGGUAAGGAUCCCUAUAAUUCGUGGGAAGUGUGUAAGAAGAAUAACUGUUUUUGGAUUUGCAUUGACAUGUUCGGUAAAGAAAAUUCGACCGGCUAAAGUCGUCCAUAAUUAAUCUUUUAAAAACAAAAUGAGGCGAAUAGAUAGCUACUGUAGCUUUCGUUCUGCAUUAAGUCACCCU